GUUCGACGUUUUUGACACGUGAAGGUGACUUCAAUUCCGGUACGGAAGACGCGUCCUUUCGAUUGCACAUGAAAUGCAAAGAUACUGAAAUCAAAGAAUGUAAUCUAUUUGAAUUCCUUGUUCAUAGUGGCGUACACUACUCAAAUUACAUCCAAUUUCAUCAGGGAAACGUACUUAGACCUGACUAAUCGCAAUGUUUGGUUUCAAGGAUAAUUAAUCAAAUGCUGAUCAAUUCGAUGAGCAAAAAUGGCGAAUGACAAGGAUCCCCUGAAACAGUUGAAAGACCUGACUCAGCUCAAAAAUCAGUUAGAGGAGAUCCAAAAACGAGUAGAAAACGAAAUCGCCCUUGGAGUUCCUCAGGGCAGCUCGCUGCUGGGAUCACCGUUCCUGAAGGGCUUCCUGGCAGGUUAUGUGGCAGCCAAGCUCCGUUCUUCCGCCAUCUUUGGAAUACUGCUGGGGACUGUCACUGGCAUGUAUGCAGCACAAAACUAUCAAGUGCCCAACAUUGAAAGGACACUCAAAGAGUUUUUGACUAGCAUGAAAAAAGGCUCCAAGUAAUUUGGGUGAACCCACAAAUGUCUGGUGCUACGUAUUGCUUGAUCAGUGGACUACAAUCAGUAAUGUUGGCUAUUUAUUUAUAUGGUAGGAUUUCAGCUCGUGUUCUGAAAGUGUAUUUAAUUUUGUGCUUAUAACCAUGAUCG